AUGACUAUCGAGGAUUUGGCUCAGCGAUUUUUGAGAAUUCGACGAAAACGGAUUAGACAAUUUUUGGGAGAGACUUUUGGAAGCUUCUUUCUGGCCGUAAUUGGCAUCGCGGGAGCUCAUCAGGGCCUCUAUGGUGAAACAAGUUCUGUUCACGGAGCAAUCUGUGGCGGGCUAGGUGUGGCGAUUGGCAUUUAUGUUUGCGUUGGAUCUUCUGGAGGACACGUGAACCCAGCAGUGACAACUUAUGCUGCACUUUCUGGAAGACUUGGAAAUGGGAUUAUCGAAAAUUUAGGCGGCUUUUGUAUCUAUGUCGCUGGGCAGAUUUUUGGAAUGUUUCUUGCAGCUUCCGUCGUGUACGGAGUCUUCAACGGGCAAUCAUAUAACGGAGUCGAAAACCAGGAUUUGGUCUGUCUCUUCGCAACUUGCCCAACAGAAGAUAUCAAACUUUCAACGGGUGAGAUGUUUUUUGACCAAAUAAUCGGAACAAUGAUUUUGGUCACACUGAUUGCGGCAAUUACCGACGAGAAAAAUCUGAUGCCUAAUGCAGCCAACCCGCUUUUGAUUGGACUCACCGCCACUGCCAUCGGCCUCGCUUAUGGAAAUCAUGGAGGUGGCGCUAUUAACCCUGCUCGUGAUUUGGGGCCACGAUUGUUCGCAGCGAUGGUUCUUGGCGAUGUUGCAUUUAGCGGAAUAGAAGAUACAAACUCCGAGUUCUUCUUUUGGAUCCCUCUUUUGGCACCGCUUAUUGGUGGAGCAAUCGGUGGCUUACUAUAUCUUCUUUUUGUGCGAGCACAUUGGGAAGAAGAUAAGACCGCAGUGAGUCCAGAAAAGGAAGAAACUUUUGAGAAUGAGUUUGGUCUCUGA